AUGGAUAUCAUCGCUCUGCAGAAUUGGGCCUAUCUUCCAGAUCUACCAGACGAUAUCGGUCCAAUCCGCAACCUUCUCCUCCGCUACAGCAAGAUACCAGCGAGGGAUAUUGACAAGCAUAUUUUGCGAGUUCGAGAGAAUGCAUGGAGGAUAUCAAGAUUUCCGUGUGUCGGGCGGUGGAAAUUUCUGCGCUUGACCGAGCAAAACGAUCCCUGCUAUCGACAGGUGCUGUUCAGGCUCAACGUGCCCAGAUCAAAUGACGCCUUUCUAGACUUGGGUUGUUGCGUGGGACAGGUUCUCCGACAACUUCGUCAUGACGGUGUCCAGGGACUUCAGCUCUUCGGAACCGACGUGCAGUCCAAGUUUGUUGACAUAGGCUAUGAUCUAUUCCGGGACCAACACGGUUUCGGCGGAACCUUCGUCAUCGGCGACAUGCUUGAUCCGGAUGACACCCGACUAGACCAGCUGUUACAUAAGGUUACCAUCAUAUAUGCAGGCAGUUUCUUCCACCUGUUCAACUGGAUUCAGCAGGUCUAUAUUGGUAAGCGCCUAGUUGGGUUUCUUAAACACGGUACCAGGAAUGCUCUUAUAUACGGUCGACACAUUGGCACCAGCAGGCCUGGUGUAUCCGCAUUGGGAGGCAUGUCGCCAUAUCUCCAUGAUAAGAAUAGCUUUCAACGCCUUUGGGACGAUAUUGGGGACCUGACCAACACCAAAUGGACAGUGGAGAUGGAACCCGUUGGCGAAAAGGUUAUGGAUUUAGCACGAGUUGGAAAGGAUGCUCAGCCAGUAAACUUCACCGUACACCAGAUAUCAUAA